AUGAUGAGUUUUUUUGUGGCUCUGCUGCCCGCGCUCCUCCGGUGUGGGCAGUGUGGUUCUACUAUUCCCCACUGUCUUGACUGCUUGGAUCUAGAUAACAACUAUUGUCGUCGUUGCCAGGAAGGCUUUCUACCCGUUGAUGGUCUAUGUCUUGGAGGUAAUGCGUCUAUUCCAUGCACCUCUCACUUGGGUGGCACGUGCGUUGGCUGCCGGCCUGGAUAUUUUCUAUUUCACGACGGCGACCAGAUGGGCGCAUGUGUUAUAUGCUCACACGCUGUAUUGAAGCUGGGUCCGGGCUGCAAGGAUUGCGUGUUGGUUGGUGGUGUUCCUCACUGCCUCGCGUGCCACUCCACUUACUUCGGUAUCAACGUCAUGUCAGACUCGGGUGCUACUCUACUACAAUGCACCACCUUGAGUGAAAGGCGAAUGCCCUUACAGAGACGGCACAAAGGUUUGUUUGUAUCACCUGGACAAGCCACCUGCACAGUUCAAAAUUGUCGGGUGUGCGCUUCACAAGCGCCCAACAUUUGUAUUCAGUGUACGCGUGGAUAUUCACUCAAAGAUGAAGGACGAACUUGUAUAUGCGGCGUCCCACACUGUACUACAUGCUCCCCGACUGACGGUCAGCAGUGUACCCAGUGUGAUGCUAACUAUGCUCUCACACCACACAGAGCCUGUGUUUGCUCCGUAAGGAAUUGUAUUCAGUGCGGCUCUCAAGGAACUGCACGUUGUCAGAAAUGUAUUACUGGCUAUAGGCUCUCAGAAGAUGGCAGCACGUGCAGCUGUGGAGUGGACAACUGUGCCUUCUGCUCUUCUACUGACGGCGCGCAAUGUGUAACUUGCGUUACUGGUUACGUUCAAAGCUACUCCCAACGCAGUUGUACCUGCGCGGUCGAGCAUUGCGCUGAGUGCUUUCCUGCAGAUGGAAGCCAAUGCGUCCGUUGUGUUACUAACUACGUUCUUUCUCACGAUUUUAAGGUAUGCGCAAGUAGUCUAGAAAACUGCCUAUACCCCUCUCCAGUCAACGGAUCUGUAUGCUCCAUUUGCAGUAGUGGUUACGUCACGGCGUUUUCCGGGGAGGUCUGCUUAAGUGUGAAGUGCCAGGUCCUAUACUGCGAAGAAUGUGACGGGGUUCUGUGUGCUCAGUGUAUAAAAGGAUAUUCUUUGGUGAAUGAUGGACUUGGGUGUGCCUGCAACGCCCUGAACUGUCUCAUAUGCAACCCUGAUGACGGGGACUUGUGCCUGGUAUGCGUUGGAGGAUACGACGUUACACCCGAUGGGCUAUGCGAGUGCGCCAUUCGGAACUGCGCAACAUGCUCGCAGGACGGACGGUCUUGUAAGGCAUGCAUUAAUGGCUACCGAAAGGGAGAGGGUGGCUGUGAAUGCUUGAUUGAUGCCUGCAAAACGUGCAGCCCACAAGAUGGUCAGCUUUGCGAUGAAUGCCAUUUGAACUAUGAUUUGGUCCACGGUGCCUGUGUGGGAAAAAUUCCUGGGUGUCUGGUGGCGAGCCCUAUCUAUGAAGGGAGCUGCGAGUUUUGUAACACCAAUUGGGAGCUCUUUCACGGACGCUGCUUCUGCAAGAUCAGAAACUGCAAUAAGUGCCACGAGAAUGGAAAGAUGUGUAUUCAGUGUGCAAAUGGGUUUGUAUUGCAAGCAGAUAAUACGGAGUGUGCAUGCACGCUGACCAAUUGCGCUGAGUGCGACCCCGAGGACGGCACAAAAUGCUUAGCAUGUAAGACAAGCUAUACUUUAGAUUCCUCCGGACAGUGUACAACUAGUACGUGCAGCAUUGAUAACUGUAAAAACUGUGGCCAAAGCAAUGUAUGUGCCGAAUGCAAUGACAACUAUGAGCUUUCAACAAAUAGCCAGACCUGCACUUGUUUGUUGUUAAACUGCUCAAAGUGCAGGCCGUCAAACGGACAGCAGUGUCUAGAGUGCGUUACUGGCUAUAAACUGGAUCUUUCAAUGAAUCAGUGCAUUUGUGAUGUGCAACUAUGUGAGACGUGUAACUCAUCUGAUGGUGCUCUAUGUGACACGUGCAUAACUGGGUUCAUAAAGGGUCCAACCAGCGCAACAUGCAACUGUGCAGCUGACAACUGCCGCGUUUGCAAUCUAUCUGAUGGUACAAAGUGCGAGAUCUGCAACUUGGGAUACACACUCACUGGAACUGCAUGCCAACCAAACGUUGCAAAUUGCAAGCAGUACUCUCUAAGCAGGGGAUGCAUAGAGUGCGAACGCGGUUACUCUCUUAUGCCAUCAAAUGCAGAGUGCCUCUGCACAGUGCAGAAUUGCGCAACGUGCUCUCCAACCAACGGCUCGGAAUGCACAUCGUGUGUCCAAAACUAUACGCCCCAGGAAGGUCUAUGUCUGUGCAUGGUUCAAGAAUGUCUUGAGUGCGACAGUGCCAAUGGAAACUUGUGCAAUGUAUGCGUAUACAAUUAUGCGCUAAGUGAAGACAGGACGACUUGUGCUUGUGACGUAAAAAAUUGUAUAUUAUGCAUUGCAAGGGAUGGAAAGAAGUGCUUCAUGUGUGAGAAGGGAUACCGAUUGACAGAAACUUCCGCCUGUGAAGAAAUACCUUGCAGUGUGGAAAACUGCUUGAGCUGCCCUCCCGGCAACCCUGACUACUGUAUUGUUUGUCAGAGGGGGUACUGGCCGACUAAAAAUGGGAACGAGUGUGCAUGUUCCGAUCCUGCUUGCGGUGAAUGUGAUUUUGAGAAUGGAGAAAUUUGUCUUCACUGCAAUGCAAACUACAGAGAGUUUCAAAAUAAGUGCCUCUGCUCUCUUCCAUAUUGUACUAAAUGUGACAUUAAUGACGGUAGCCAGUGCGAGGAGUGUGAAAACGGGUUCAUGCUGACUCCCACCAAGGCAUGCAUUCUCCGUGUUUGCUUCACAAACCAGGAUAACUGCAAGGUGUGUGGAACAGGUGCACACGCGGAUAAGUGUCUCACGUGUGUGAGUGGGUAUGUACCGAUCGACGGAGUGUGUGUGCAGGAUUCAAAGCAAGAUGUUUGCAACCAGUACUCAGGUACGUGUACUGGCUGUGCCCCCACAUACUUCCUCUGGCAGAACGGUUGCUAUCCGUGCAACAUGAUACCAAACUGCAUCGAGUGCUACAUGACCAAAACAUACGGCCCCUUGUGCACGAUGUGCGAGCCAUUCUACACACUACGUGGGGGUAAGUGCCAGCUCAACCCAUACUGCUCCCAAGGCUGUGUGUGCAACGGCGAGCUCCAAUGCACUGAUUGCAUAGCCGGAUACACUAUGAUAAGUAACAUUUGCACGCUAUGCGAAAGCCUAUUCUACAUGUGUGCAGAGUGCUCUAAGACGUUCUGCACUCGCUGCUUUGGUGGAUACUCCAUUUCCUAUCAUGACUGUGUUCCUGGAGUAUGCAGGGAAAAUGCGCAUGGAUGUCUUGUCUGUGCAAAUGAUUACACCUGCGCAAGGUGCCGCAGCGAAAUGUACCUCUAUCGCGGGGCCUGCCGGGAGUGUAACUUUGCUGGGUCUAAUUGUGCAGAUUGCACCUUUGACAAGGAAUACAAGUGUCUCCGGUGUCUCGAGGGGUACACGCAGGUCGUAUCUAACGGGGUGUCUUACUGCGUCAAGUGCCCAGACAUUGACCACUGUUUGGAGUGUGCCUAUAACAGCACGCGCUCUUCGCAGUUCCAGUGCACAACGUGCGCUGACCCGUGGCUUGUUGACACUGCAACCGGGACGUGCUUCAUCAGAAAUGCCUCUAGCGCAUCAACAGCCACUGCAAUUUCGUGCAGUGUUAUAGGGGCAGCGAUUGCGAUCGCCACCACCAUUGCCCUGAUUGUGAAGUGUCAGCAUCACCGGCAUGCACGCAUGGUACGCCAGGUCGAUGCCCUGGUCACGGAGGCCGACGAACUAGCCCACUAA